AUGUCAAAUUACCCAGCUAUACUGUUGAUAGGAAAAACUGGCGUUGGUAAAAGUACUUUGGGAAAUUUACUUUUGGGUAGAGAUGAAUUUAUUGUCUCGGAUUCAGCCGUAUCAUUAACCCAAGUAUGCCAAAAUGCCCUGACCGAAAUAAACAAGAAAACAUAUAAUGUUGUUGAUACACACGGAUUUUUUGACACAAAUAGAAAGAAUCAAGAAAUAUUUAAGGAGAUUACCCAUGUAAUAUUGCAAUGCGCUGAUGGAAUUCAGGCUAUUUUAUUUGUCAUAGAGGCUACACGUUUUACCAAAGAACAGAAAGACACUAUCGAUCACAUUAUCAAUUUCCUUGGUGAAGACUCAUUAAAGAAUAUGAUCGCAGUAUUUACAAAAUGCAGAAAGGCCCCGACAAUUAACCCUGACCAGCUCUUGAAUUCAUUUUCUCAGGAGGAAAAGAACUUCCUUGACCGUAUCGGGAACAGAUUUACUAUCUCACCUAAUCUCGACAUUUUUGAACCUAACGACCCAAUUUUCGUGCAUCAUAUGACGAACCUAAAAGAAUACAUUACUAAUUUUCCAGACUUUUAUACAAUUUCUCGAGAACGAAAACUUCUGGAAAUUCAAGAAAUGGAGCACCGAACCAGAGAGAAAUACGAAAAACCAAAACGGGCUGAACGCGAACAACGUUUCAUGCAAGAAAAUCAACGAGAAGGUGCAAAUGCUGAGUUAAGCAUAAUUAACGGACUUGUAUUAGAUCGAGAAGGAUGUUUUGCCGCCGAUUCAAAAGUUACUUUGUUAAAUGACAAAGUCACCAAAAUUUCAGAACUUGUCAUUGGAGACCACGUCUGUUGUGGUUUUGAAAACGGAAAGCAAGUUUUUAGUGAAGUGUUUCUAAUGAUCCAUGCCGAUCCAAAUGCAGUGACAGAAUUUCAAUCAAUUGAUUUUGUGAAACAAGAUGGAUCACAAGGAAAACUUCAUAUUACCCCCGAACAUCACAUCUUCGUUAACAACGGUGAGACUGAUUUCGCAAGAAAUGUUACACCAAACAAAACUAAACUUUUUGUUUCUGGUGGAGAGAAAUUAUUUUCCGUGUCUCCAACUCGAGUAACAAAAGAACGAAGGAAAGGUUAUUAUGGUCCUUUGACUCGAAGUGGCACCAUUCUUGUUGACGAAGUUCUCUGCUCUUGUUAUGCUUCUGCUCCGCCUUACCAAGAUUUGUUGAAUUUUGUCCUCGUACCAUUAAGAAUGUACACAAAAAUCUUUCCUUCUAAUUACUUAGGCAAAGAGAUCCAUCCUUAUGUAAAAUUCUUAAACAAGGGUCGUUGGAUCAUUGAAUAUUUAGAUAAUUCUCGAAAGAUUUCUUUUUAA